CGUUGCAAGCGCGCGUCGUAGUUUCUAACCUCAAAAUGUUUGUUUGUAUUGUGCUUGUAGCUGUCUAGUUUAAAUGUGAGUUUUUACAAUUUUAAGUGCACCUGUUAAUUAACCGAUCAAUUUGAUGUCGUCUAGAGCUUCGGGCCGAUCUUCGGCGCGACCAAAUCCGGAGGCUCGCAUUGUGAGGCGGCGCGAGCGGGAGCACGACCACCAGGUCAAGUGGAACAAUCAGGUGCGCUACUAUAAGUCGUGGGAGAAGUACAAUAACAAAUUUGACGAGUGGACGUCGCCGCGCUAUUACCAGGCCGCCAAUGACAAGAUGGCGGACAUAAAAAAAAGUAGAGAGCGCAAGGAGAACCUGGAGAAGCGUCGGGAGAAGCUGAAGAAGCUGCACGAGGAGGAGGAGCGCAGCUAUCAGGUCGAGCUGAUGGUGAAGAAUCGCGAUACGCUCAGACGUAGUGAGGUCCCGAGCGAACUGCUGAAAAGCGUGCACUCCGCCGUGGCCUUUGCCAACGAGGAGAAGCGCCGCCACGAGGCCGAACUGGCCCUCUACCACCAAUGGCGCAAUAACAACCCAUCGGUGCGCCUCCACGAGCGCAAGCGCGGCCUGAACGAGAUGAAGCUGAGCUGGUUAGAUCAGCAAAUACAAAAGCGUCUCGACAAGGAGCGGCAGGAGGAGGAGUGUCGCCGGCUGCUGGCCGAACGUCAGAAGUGGCUCGAUCAGGAAAACGAAAAGGAGGAGCUUUUGCAGCGUAAGGUUGCCGAAAAAAAUCGAAAGCUGCGCGAGGAGUUGGAGAAGCAAAUGGAGAAUCUCCAACUGAAGCAGCAGGAAAGCGAGCGGUUGCAGAGGGAGGAAGAGGAGGACGCGCUUAAGCUGUCCGCGGUUGAGCUCCUCGAGCAGAGACGCGUCGAGCACGACGCUCGCAAGCGAGAGCGCGCCGUCGCGCUUGAAAACCUCAAGCUGCACAAGCUCAAGCUGAAGCAGAACGCGGACGACGUCCGCGAGAAUCUACGGCGCGAACAGGAGUUCGUCAAAAGCCUGAUCGACUCGGAGACGGCCGAGCGAAUCGAGAACGAAAGGAAGAGGGACGAGGUGAAGCGCACCAUGGAGGAGUUCUUAAAGUACGCGCGCGACCAGCAGGAUUUGGAGCGGAAGCGCCUGCAGCACUUCGACUUCGUGUUCGAUUCGGAGGCGAAGCACAUCUACGAGAAGCAAAAGGAGAUUUGGCUCGAGGAGGACAAGGCGCGAUCCGCUCUUCUACGCGACGUACUCGAAACCGUCAGGGGGCAGAUCGACGAAAAACUGCGCAAGAAUAAGGAGGAGCAGAGGCGCGUGCUCGAGGAGCGGCAGAGCGCGCUCAAGCUCGUCGAGGAGUACGACGGCGACGCGCGAAGAACGAACGAGGAGGAGGAGCUGAGGAGGCGGCAGUGGAAAAAGGAGGUCGAGCUCCAGGUUAACGAGCGAAAGACGCGCGAGGCCGAGGCGAAGAAGCGCGAACGAAGCGAAACGGAGCUCGAACUGGAAAAGGCGCGAAAGGAGGAGGAGCGUUUGAAACAGGAAAUUAUACAACUACAGCGCAGACAAGGCCCGAUACGGCACUCCAGAAGUCGUAUACUAUUUUAAUUACAUUGUUUAAUAAUCUAAACUGGACUAGACGCGUGAUCCAGGUGCUUCUUCAUAUUUUCCAAUCCCUCCAGGUCCUCGACCGACGUAUCGCAUCGGUGCGCCACCAGCGAGUGGUAGAAGUGAACGACGAAAAGCACAAAAAUGACGAGCACAGGUAUCACGAUUACGGUCGCCGCAAUUGCGGCAGUAAACGAGUAAUCCCAAAACUUCACCCAGCACAAGAUGGCGACCUCGACCAAGAACAGAAAGAGACCUACGAAAUCGCAUCGGUUACAAUUACCUAAGUUACCUAAAACUGUCGAAAACGCCCACGCGAGUUGGAUGAAGCCCUUCAUGCGCUCGUGCGGGCUCUCGCUGACGAGCUCGCUCACCUCCAGCUUCGAGAUCGCGUCGAUAUUCGGCAGAAU